CUGCCAUGUGCCAUUGCAAUCAUGUCCGCCCAUCUUCCUCUUCUUUCAUGUAUAUCAGCUCGAUGUGGGUAUUUUUUCUUCUGGGUUGAUUCCAUCUUGGAACAACAAUGGCAUUGUUUAAGAAGCUAUUUAAUAAAAAACCGCUUGAUGGGCUCGUGGAAAUCUCUGAAAGAGUUUACGUUUUUAGUUGCUGCUUUUCAUCGGACAUUAAGGAAGACAAUGAUUUUAAAAACCACAUUGAAGGCAUGUUGGGUAAACUCCGUGGUCACUUUCCUGAUGUCUCGUUCAUGGCCUUUAACUUCCGAGAAGGAGAGCACCAAAGUCGGAUUGCCAGCAUAUUGUCCAAGUAUAAUAUGACUGUAAUGGACUAUCCUCGUCAAUAUGAAGGUUGCCCAAUACUCACCAUUGAGGUGAUCCGUCAUUUCUUGAAAUCUAGUGAAAACUGGUUCUCACUUGGGCAACACAACUUGAUCUUAAUGCAUUGUGAACGAGGUGGGUGGCCAGUUUUGGCAUUUUUGCUUGCUGCUCUCAUGUUAUACCGAAAGCAAUCCAAUAACGAGCAGAAAACAUUAGAAUUGAUCUAUAAGCGAGCACCUCGUGAGCUUUUGCAGUUGACAUCUCCCUUGAAUCCACUACCCUCUCAAUUAAGGUAUCUUCAGUAUGUCUCUAGGAGCGUUACGGGCUCACAAUGGCCUCAAUCAGAUAGACCACUUACAUUAGACUGUGUUAUUCUAAGAUGUGUUCCUAAUAUGGAUGGCGAGGGGGGCUGCCGUCCAAUAUUUAGGAUAUAUGGACAGGAUCCUUUGAUGGCUGCUGACAGGACCCCCAAAGUUCUCUUCUCUACACCAAAGAAGAGUAAACUUGUUCGGUAUUAUAGGCAGGUGGAUAACGAACUAGUUAAAAUUGACAUACGUUGCCAUGUUGUGGGUGAUGUUGUUCUUGAAUGUAUUAGUUUAGAUAAUAGUGAUCGGCAGCGGGAAUUAAUGAUGUUCAGGGUCGUGUUCAAUACAGCCUUUUUAAAAUCAUAUAUUUUGAUGCUUAACCGUGAAGAAAUUGACACCUUAUGGAAUUCUAAGGACCGAUUUCCAAAGGAUUUUAGAGCAGAGGUUGUUUUCUCAGAUAUGGAUAUUCGAAAUUCUGCCUUUUCAACUGGUUCUUCGGGUGUUGAGGAGAAAGGUGGUCUUCCCAUGGAAGCUUUUGCUAAAGUUCAAGAGAUCUUUAGCAAUGGUGAUUGGCCAUCUCCUUCAACAGAUGUAGCAAAUACACUUCAGCAUAUGCCAUCAGGAAUCCAAGAAAAAAUGGAGAAAUCAAAAUCACAGUUAUUAGAUCACAGCAUCUCAUGCACUGGUUCAGAGAAAGCAUCUACAUCGGAUGAAAAUGCAUCUCGAAAGAAGUUUGUAUCACAGGAAAUCCAGGUUGCUCCCCAAAAGUCUGCACAGUCCUAUCUCAGAUCACCUUCUGAUCCAAUUAAGGGAAAAACUGAAUUACAACUUCAAGCUGCUCCACAAGGAGCGGAACAUUGUGAGACAUCUACUGAACCAUCCGAAGAAGCCAAUGCAACUAGAAGGAAGGUCGAAAUUCGGGAUUCUCAAGUUGCCCUACAACAUUCUGCACAAUACAAACCAACCAUGGAUGCAAAUUCAGUUAGAAAGAAAACUGAAACCCAAGAAGAAAACAUUCGACCACUAACUUCUUCAUCUGUUUCGUCUCUUCCUUUAUCAGAUACACAAAAACUUAUGCAGCAUUCUAUUGGGAUUACUUCACCGAACCCUCGUGGUACACAACCUACCAGUAAAGCUCCCUUGUCUUCUCUUUCAGUAGAAUCUUCUGCCAUUGAAAAAUCUGCUUCAACCCCAUCUUCUGCUUGUCAUACCUCUUCUCUUCCUCCUACUGGAGCAAAGAAAUCAUCCCAAUCUAGCCGACCCCCUGCCCAUCCCCCGCCUUCCUCUUCGAGUGCAUCUUCAGAUCCCACAGUCAAAAACUUAUCCCCGUCCUCCGGUCCCCCUCCCCCUCCUCCACCCCUUCCCAAUGUUGCUUCCUCAAAUUCUUCACCACAACUUCGGACAUCAGGACCUCCUCCACCACCUCCACCUCCCCUAACUAGUCAAUCCUCAGUGCCACUGCCACCUCCUGGUCCAGGUCCACCCGUGCCACCUCCUCCAGUUCCUAUGGGAUUAUCUAGAGCAAACUCAGUAAGCAAUGGCAAUAUACUUCAAUUCCAGACACCUCCUGGCGCUCCUUUGAUGAGGGGUCGUUCAAUAGCACGUUUAGGUUCUAAUAAAAACCAGGCUCCAAUAAAAAAAUCCAACUUAAAGCCUUAUCAUUGGAUGAAGUUAACGAGGGUCCAACAAGGAAGCUUAUGGGCCGAGGCACAAAGACCCGAGGAAGCUGCCAAGGCUCCAGAAUUUGACAUGUCAGAACUUGAGAGUCUUUUCUCUGCAAUUUCACCAACUGCAAAUAGCAGGAACAAGCCUGGGAAAUCAAACAGUAAUGCCUCAGGCCGUAAACCUGAUAAAGUCCAGCUGAUUGAGCUUAGACGGGCAUAUAAUUGUGAAAUCAUGCUCACAAAAGUUAAAAUCCCUUUGCCUGAAUUGACAAGUGCAAUCCUUGCCUUAGAUGAUACAGCAUUAGAUCCUGAUCAGAUUGAGAACCUUAUUAAGUUUUGUCCUACAAAAGAAGAGAUCGAAUUACUCAAGGGUUAUACAGGAGACAGGGAAAACUUGGGAAAAUGCGAACAGUUUUUCCUAGAAUUGAUGACGGUGCCACGAGUAGAGUCUAAGCUAAGAGUUUUCUUAUUCAAAAUACAAUUUUAUUCCCAGGUCUCUGAUCUUAGAAAUAGUUUGGAUAUUGUAAACUCUGCUGUUGGAGAGGUGAGGAAUUCGGUCAAAUUGAAAAGGAUAAUGCAAACUAUUCUUUCUCUGGGAAAUGCUUUGAACCAAGGAACUGCUAGGGUGAGUUCUGCCGUUGGUUUUCGGUUGGAUAGUCUCCUUAAACUCACAGAUACACGAGCUCGGAAAAAAAUGACUCUCAUGCAUUAUCUUUGUAAGGUCCUGAGCCAAAAGUUGCCAGAAUUAAUAGAUUUUCCAAAAGACCUUGUGACUUUGGAAGCUGCAACAAAGGUACAAUUGAAAUAUUUGGCAGACGAGACACAAGCCAUUAGCAAAGGGUUGGAGAAGGUUGUCCAAGAACUAGCUGCCUCAGAAAAGGAUGGUCCCGUCUCUGAAACAUUUUGCAAGACUGUAAGGGAGUUCCUUAGUUUUGCUGAAGGGGAAGUGAAGUCUUUGACUGCGCUUCAUACUUAUGUGGGUAAAAAUGCAGAUGCAUUGGCUCAUUAUUUUGGAGAAGAUCCUGCACGUUGCCCAUUUGAGCAAGUCAUGGCUACUUUGCUCAGCUUUUUCAGGAUGUUUGUCAAAGCACAUGAGGAAAACUGCAAGCAACUUGAAUUGGAUAUGAAGAAAGCAAAGGAGGCAGAAAAUGAGAAGCCAAAAAACUAGUACUUCCAUGAAGGAGUCUGAAGCUCUCAACACUUGAUACAAGGUCCAAUCAAGAGCGCCGCUAUUCAAUGAUGGAUUCUACCAAUUAACCUGACAUUCUGAUUCUAACAUGUAAAAACAUGUUAUGUUUUGCUCAGUGGAGGGAAAAUCCUUGUAAAAGAACGUGUAGUCUAAGAUGAGACCGCAAGAAUGAGUUGUAAAUUAAAAUACAUGCAGGUGGUGAAUGAGCCGAUGGAUGAAGUUCAUAUUAGGUCCUCUCGAGCUACUUGUGCGGUGCCCAAAAAGCUUUGUUGUAAAAUAUAGGAACACAACUUUAUAUAAUAGUUUUACUUUUGUUCUCCUUUUCAGUAUAUAUAUAAACAUUGUGUAAAAUUUUAGUUAAAAGGAAUGUAAGUGAAUAUUUCUUUUUUAAGAAUUGGGUGUAGAUUAUCAUCGAU